UAACUGGAGCAAGGGGAGCGACGGAGCGAGCCAUGAGAAUGCUGAAGCAGACGCUUGAAAGCUUAGGGGCAAACCUUGCAUCAUCAACAAGUGGUAUUCACACGAAAUUGAAGAGUUUAGCUGCGAAUUCGAUCAGGAGAUACAGCAACAAUAACAGCAUACCAGGCUCGGUCGCCAGGGAAAAAGUGGAUUGCUUAGUGAUCGGGGCUGGUGUUGUGGGCCUAGCAGUAGCCAGAGCACUUGCGCUCAAAGGCAGAGAGGUAUUAGUCGUUGAAUCGGCUUCCACAUUUGGCACUGCCACUAGUUCUCGAAACAGUGAAGUCAUUCAUGCCGGAAUCUAUUACCCUCGCAAUUCCUUCAAGGCAAGGUUUUGUGUAAGAGGAAGAGAAAUGCUAUAUGAGUACUGCUCCAAGCAUGGUAUUCCUCAUAAACAAACCGGUAAGCUGAUAGUUGCUUCUCGAUACUCAGAAAUUUCAAAGCUGAAUGAUAUAAUGAAUCGUGGGAUUCAAAAUGGAGUUGAUGGCUUGAGGAUGAUGGAUGGCUCUGAGGCCGUGAGAAUGGAACCUGAAUUGCAAUGCAUCAAAGCUAUACUAUCACCUCUUUCAGGGAUUAUUGAUUCCCACUCUUUCAUGCUGUCUUUAGUGGGGGAAGCUGAGAAUAACAAUGCAAUCUUCUCCUAUUAUUCAACCGUGAUUGGUGGGCAUCUUGAAGGAGAUCAGAUUUGUCUGCAUGUAUCAGAAACGAAGAGUGUUGAAGAAUGGAAUGGGAGGUCAAUUUUGAAUCCAGAUCUGGUCCUUAUCCCUAAAUUUGUAGUGAACUCUGCAGGCCUUGGUGCCCCUGCCCUUGCAAAGAGAUUUACUGCCCUACAAAGUAGUGAAGUUGUACCCUCUGCCUAUUAUGCUCGUGGUUGUUACUUCACAUUGUCCAAUGCUAAAGUUCCUCCUUUCAAACAUUUGAUAUAUCCCAUACCAGAGGAUGGUGGCCUCGGUGUGCAUGUUACUCUGGAUUUGAAUGGUCAGGUCAAGUUUGGCCCAGAUGUUGAAUGGAUCGACGGAGUUGAUGGUAUCUCAAGCUUUCUCAAUAGGUUUGACUAUUCAGUACCUGCAGAGCGUGUGGAGAAGUUUUAUCCAGAGAUACGGAAGUAUUACCCAAACCUGAAGGAUGGAUCUCUUGAACCAGGGUAUUCAGGAAUUCGACCUAAACUUUCAGGACCCCAUCAGACACCUUUUGAUUUUGUGAUACAGGGGGAGGAAAUUCAUGGGGUGCCUGGUCUUGUUAAUCUUUUUGGGAUUGAAUCACCUGGUCUGACAUCAAGCAUGGCAAUUGCAGAUUAUAUUUCCGCUAGAUUCCUACGAUGAUGCCUGGUUCUGUUUCUACAAUUUGCGCAUGCAAGUACUUGUGACAAUGUAAAACUUGUAAAAGGUCGAAGCUGUAGCAGUAUUGCCAUGGACCGUCCACUAGGCGAUUUUUUUCCCUUCUCUUUUCUUUAUCAUGAUUUAAUUUUAUAUACAUUUAUAUGUAAUAUAAAAAUUAAACAAAUGAAUGAUAUAUAGUAUGAUUUUAUUAUUAUUUUUUAAUAUUCAAUGAUAAAUUUAUACUAGAUAUAACAUGAUUUAUAAGGCGCUAGCAAUUUAUACAAAAUAUCUUUUUUCGGCCCGAAUAUUUUCGACUUAAAUGAUAAUAAAUCUAAAUCCGAUCCGGGAGGUGAGGUGAUAUGCUGAUAUUCAAAUGCGUAGAUCCCCCAGCAAUCAAGCUUUUGACAAUUGGAGCUGCUAAACGCAGUUUAUCUAAUUCCCACUUUAUUUAAUUCACACAUAAAGAUUACUUCCUACCGCGAAAUUGGUUCAUUUAAUUUGUUAAAAGUGAAAUACUUAUUUGUUUAAAAUUAUGAAGUUUUUUUGGGAGAAUUAUGUUGAGGUUUUACAUAAAGAAAUUAAUUAUCAAAAGAUUCGUUAACAAUUGAAUUAAGUUAAUAGAUUUUAUGAUAAUUAAUUUUUUUAUGUGAGGCCUGCAUGUAAUUUUGUUUUUCUCUUUCCUUGAGGUACCAUGUUUAUUUAGCAUAACAUGAGAAUGCAGAUAGAGGCUAGGAAACGUAUUCAGGAACAGACUGAGGUUUGACCCUCCGGCCAUGCACCAUUUUAGAAUUGCUGAAAGAGGAUAAUAUGAUUCGAUCGAGACCUUUAUGAUGGUAAUUGUGGGUCAAAAUUUGACUUGAGAAGGAAACUCGUAAAAGACGAAGAUGAAGUGAGGGAGCAAUGUAACAUUCUGUUAGUUUAUGCUGAAAUGCAAAACCGUGCUUCUUUGUAUCUCAUUCCAUGUAAUCGAUUAUCCAUUUAUGUAUAUCGACACAGAGCAAUCGUUGAAUUCUCCUUUAUUGUUGUGAGUUGUUUGAAUUUGAACUCUACGCUCCCUAC